ACAGUCCUCUGACACUGUGGGCCAGGCAGCGCGAGCAGGUGCAGAGGGCUGGGCUCAGGCCCUGGCCUAGUGGGUGCUCCCUGCAAACAUCUUGUGUGGGUGCCUUGCUGCUCUGCAGGCAUGGACUGUGAGAGCGCUGAUGGUUGGUGGUGUUGCAAGCUCCCCUCGGGAGCCUCCCCUGCUUCCACAGUGGCUCAGGGCUCCGGAAAGGUGGAGAGGGUUGUGUCUUCACUGGGAGAGCCCUCGAAGAUCUGCUGGCCCUUCUGCUUCACGGACGAUUAACAGCCAAGCCCUUGGCCCAGCUGGACUUCACUGUCCCCAGCACAGCUGGCCUUCCCCGCUCCUGCUUCGCCACUGUGUCUGCACUGCCUGCCCCAUCCUUUUCAGCUUGUCAGCCCUUCCUUUGUGGCAUAUCUUCUCCAAGAAGUCCCCUGGUCAGCUCAGCAGGGCUACUUCCUUCCAGCUCACUGUGCCCUCCCAAGGCUUGGUGGUCUGUAUGGUAGUGAUCCUGGGGCGCAGUGCUCCGCCCACCAACCUGCAGAAGCCGCCACCUCAGGCUGUGGGGGCAGGUGUGAGUGUUACUGACGGCCCGCCUAGCUGCUCUAGCCACUGUUCCCAAAGCAGAGCCAGCCCUGUGGCCGGUGCCUGGAGAGAAGGCGAGGACCAAGACAGUCAGACCGGGGCCUUCUUGGGGCUCAGGUCCUCUUUCUCUGCACGGGGUGGUGAGCACUUGGCUGGAGGCCCUGGAGGACGUCCCAUGAGGUUUUGCUGCCCUCUCAGUUGCUCUAAGCAUUGUUGGGGGCUAGGGGGUCACUUCAACUGCCUGAAUCUAUCUCCUCAUUGGUGGCAACUCCAGGGCCCAAUGGCUUUGCCCUUCAGCGCUGCCUGUGUUCUGGUCACUUCAGGGAAAUGGAGCACCUCUUCUUCCCUGGUUUAGGUGUGGACAGCCAGGCCCUUGCACACCUGGCAAGUGUAGCUGGUGUUUCCAGAAACAAGACCCAGUCCCAGUGGAAGGUGCCCCUUGGCAGGGCUACCCACAGCACGCCUGCACACUCCAGCUGCACAACAGAGGGCAAGCACCUGUUGCUGCCACUUUCUUCCUUGCCAGGAGGUGCCAGGGGUACCUCUCCUGCCCCUUGCUGGGCUCGUGCUCAGUGCCUGCAGUGGUGUUUGUUCCAGCCGUGACCACUUGGCUCUGAAAAGCAUUCUGAGCUAGUCCCUGAGUGAGGAGCCUGACACUUCCACCCCUGCACAGUGACGAGGAGGCGGCUGGGUAAGGUGAGUACCAGGGCCACAGCUCAGCUCCAGGCUUCCUGGAGGCACACAGAAGUGAUGAGGUUCCCCUACAGUCUCAUGCAGCCAGCAGGCCAGGGAGCCAGGGGACGGAGCCCAGGAACACGGCAGCCUCAGGAACCCCAUCUGGUCCAGGCGCCUGUGGUUGGGCAGAGGCAGCUGGCUCUGGAGUCUGCCACCUGCCUGGAGUGCUCAGGCAUCUAGUCCGCUCAGCCCCUCAGCCCACUCCCCAUCUGCUUGGGUGGCUCAGCCCUUUAGUGGGCUCCCUCCCUGUGGUCCAGUGGGGACAGAGCAGUCGAGCCAUGGGCUUCUGGUGACAGCUCAAGGUGGGGGUCUGACCAAGGGCAGAGGACUAUAGCAAGUGGCCUGGGAAGAUGUCAAUGCCCAGCACACAAGCUGGGCACAGUCUGCCUGCCCUCCCUGCUGGACUAGGCAGUCCAGUCGCUGACCCACUGGUACAGACCAGUCCUGAGGCGGAACCUGACCCAUUGCUCCCCUACUGAGACAGUAGCCCUUCCUGUCCUCCAUUCUGUGGCAGCUCUGCCUCCUACAACCUGGGCCCUACUGCCUCCCAACCAGGCUGCUAUCACACUGCACCAUCCCUGUUACACACACUGCCUGUUUCUAGCAGUGGCCAAGGUCUUGGUUCUCCAGCCUCCAAAUCCCCCUGCCCACUGGUACAGGCUCAGCUCAUGGCUGCAGGGGCCUAACUUCCCCUCCAUGCUUUCUCCAGAGGCCAAGCCCUGUACUGCCUACCCAGUUAGGCCCAGUUUCCUGCAGUAGGGCAGCACCCUCCCCAGAGAGCACAGGCUGCCCUCUGUGCAGCAGGACCAGGCUGGACCCUGGCGCCAUGCCUGGGCCUCCCGAGGGUGCUCCUACUGAGGCCUGACUGCCCCUCUCCCUGCAGGUGCUGCCGGGCGCCCACUCCCACAGUGACUGCGGGUCCCAGCAGGCCAUGCAGCUGUGCCAAGACGGAGAAGCACCGGCGGGCCCGCAACUGGACGGACGCCGAGAUGCGUGGUCUCAUGCUUGUCUGGGAGGAGUUCUUCGACGAGCUCAAGCAGACCAAGCGCAAUGCCAAGGUGUACGAGAAGAUGGCCAGCAAGCUCUUCGAGAUGACGGGCGAGCGCCGGCUAGGCGAGGAGAUCAAGAUCAAAAUCACCAACAUGACCUUCCAGUACAGGAAAUUAAAAUGCAUGACAGAUAGCGAGUCGGUCCCGCCGGACUGGCCCUAUUACCUAGCCAUUGAUAGGAUUCUGGCCAAGGUCCCCGAGGCCUCUGAGGGCAAAGUGCCGGACGGCCAGCAGCCGGGGCCCUCCACGUCCCAGACCGAGGCGUCUCUGUCGCCGUCUGCUAAGUCCACCCCUCUGUACUUACCGUAUACCCAGUGCUCCUAUGAAGGCCGCUUCGAGGACGAUCGCUCCGACAGCUCCUCCAGCUUACUGUCCCUUAAGUUCAGGUCAGAGGAGCGUCCCGUGAAGAAGCGCAAGGCACAGAGUGGCCACCUGCAGAGGAAGAAGUUGCGGCUGCUGGAGGCCAUGCUGGAGGAACAGCGGCGGCUGAGCCGUGCCAUGGAGGAGACGUGCCGCGAGGUGCGCCGUGUGCUGGACCAGCAGAACAUCCUGCAGGUGCAGAGCCUGCAGCUGCAGGAGCGCAUGAUGAGCCUGCUGGAGAAGCUCAUCGCCAAGUCUAGUGGCUAGGCGGGUCAGGCCGCCCUGGGACCUGGGACGCGGCCAGGAGGCCAGGUCACUCCACAGGAACAUCCUAGAGCACUCUCUCCAGGAGUCUCUCUCGGUGAUACUCGAAAUGGCUUUUGAUAUUAAACGUGUACUUUUCAGUAUUGCCUGGAAGCAGGAUUGGUGCUCUCUGGCUUGGAGGGCUGCACCAGAGUGAUCCCCUGCAUGUGACCACAGCUCAGAGGCAGGCGGCCACCAUGUGGGGGCCCCUGGCCAGGAGGCUGCUGUGUCCUCCUCCCCAGCCUCAUCCUUGGUGCUGGUGCUGAUGUCACCUCCGACCUCAACGCAGAGCCCGAGCUGCUUUCCAGCGGCCUUCCCUUUGCCUGGCGGCAGUGCUACUGUGGCCAUAGCCUCCUAGGGCAUGUCACUGCACAAGCAGCCACUCCUGUUCUCCCCAACCUGGUACUGCAGUGAGCUGAGAAGCAGCCACAGAUGGCUGUGAGUGCAGGAAGGGAAGGGAUGGCCCGAGGAGGUGGGGGGAGCCCACCAGGAGGGGGCCACACUAGGGCAGCCCCUACAGUUGCCAGAGGUUGGGGAGCCAGAGCAGUCCAUGGGCAACAGGGAGGGGUGAGCUGCUAGGAGGCAUUUUGGUGUCUCCCUGAUGACUGAGAGGGUCUUGGCCACCAUGUCUGGAUCUGACGUCAUGGGCGGACAGGGCUGGGGUGGGAGCUGCAGCGGCCAGUGUGUUCACCAUCUCCAUCCUUUUGUUGCUGGCGUUGCAGGGUAAAAUCCCCAGUUCCUACAUCCCACAGCCCAGGCUCAGCCACCCAUGCCAAAAUCCCAGUCAAGGAGAGAGCAGGGGCGGGGCAAGAAAGGAGUUGUAGCCAGCGUGGCCAUGCUGGGGAGCACAGAGCAGCUCUGAUCUGCCCUCCACAGCUGACAGAAGCCUUGGGGUUGUACAGGAAAGGGGAACGAAGGUGCAUUUGGGGUUUGCAUAGCUGGCAGGAUUAGGUGGUCCUGGGAUCUGGCUGGCUGGUGUUCCGCCCUGAUUCUGGGAGGUCCUAGGAGAGCUGCUGUGGCAGGAGGGACACCCUCAGCUCCCUGGCUGCUCUCCUGGGGGGUGGCCUCAUCGUGCGGGUCUGGAAGACAGUGCCAUCCUGGAAUGGGAGGGGGCUGCAGGUUCGGGACAGGGGGGUCUAGACCUAGGUAUUGUAAAAGCUGGUGGUUAGGGCCAGGAUGUAUCUCUGCGGCACAGCGCCUGCCUGGUAAACACGAGGUCCUGUGUUUGAUUUCUGGUACCAAAAAAAAAAAAAAAAGCUGGUCAUUAGAUGUCCCUGCAAAUCCCUGAAAUUAAAUCCUGAAAAUUGCUCUA